AUCCAAAAAUUGACAUAUCAGUGAAACAUUUCUUUAGAAAGAAGAAGAAUUUAAACUAACCUUUGUGAAUAGGUUACAUCUAAAUAGUGCUUAGAAUAUUAUUAAUAGAAAUUAUUUAUAUGUGUGGUUAUUGAAUAUAUAAUAGAAUUGGGAAUAAAUGUUUACUAGGAAGGAACAGUUAAUUCAACGCACUGGAGAGUUUGGUGUUGGACGAUAUGAUUUUUUAAAACAACUCAUAAACGAAUUCACCAAAACAACUGUUUAUGAAAACAAAAGGCAGACAUUGGCAAACCUAGCUAAUUUCGCAUAUGAUCCAAUAAAUUAUAAUUUUAUCAAACAACUUCAUGUUAUUGACCUAUUCCUAGCCGAAUUAUCAAACGGUGACGAGGAACUCAUACAUUUUGCUCUCGGUGGACUUUGUAAUAUUGCUUGUGAUCCAGAAAGUCGGGAUUAUAUUGUGGCUCUUAAUGGUAUAAAACUAAUUUCCGACCUAUUACUCCACGAUAAUGAAGAAAUAUCUUUAAACGCACUUACAACACUUUUUUACUUAUUUGAGUCACAUAACAUUGUGAUACCCAAUGACUUGAAAUCUACUGUAAUGCAGUAUGAGUCAAGCAAUAAUCGAAGAUUUAAAAAUUUGGGCUCAGUUUUUCUUCAAACGUAUUUGGAUAACGGGAAAUAACACAAGAUGAAUAUAUAUCAAAUAAUUAGAAGAUCAUCUAACUUGGCUGCAAAAAAAUAUUACGUUGGACAAGAAGCAUCUAUUACAAGGAAAAUAAGAAAAGAAGAUGUUGAUAAUUUUGCACUUCUAAGUGGUGAUAGCAACCCAAUUCAUUCGACUAUAACUUCACAGGCGGCUGUGGUACAUGGUGCUUUGUUAAAUUCGAUUGUUUCAGGUGUGAUAGGGACACGGUUACCUGGUUUCGGAGCAGUUGUUGUUCAACAAACUUUACAUUUUCCAAAUAAGUGUUACGUGGAUGAAACUGUUAAAGUGACCAUUAAAUUAGUUGAAAAUAGAAAAAUUAUGAAAGUGGAAUUUAGCUGUAGUGUUACUGACAGUGAUAAAGUUGUCUUAUUUGGUACAGCUAAAUUAGUUAUGAACAAAUAAAUACUAUUUAUAAUUAAAAAAACUUAUUAGUGGACACUUGGAAAUGAAAUAAUGUAAAUGAGCCAAAAUUAAUUAUUUUAGAAAAUCUUGUGCUGUCUUUGGAAUGUAUUGUAACCAAACAAAAUAUAAUCUGAAGAUAUUAUCAUAAAAAAUAUUAUUAGAAAAUCCUGUAUUGCCCUAUUGUGGUUUAAAAUUAGUGGUAGAAUCGAACAUGUACUGGUAUAGAGCAGGACAUACGUUUAAUCUGAAUAUUUAAAUUUCUGCAGGUGUAAGCUUCUAAAUCUUCAUCUUUUGAUAUAGUAGUGUUCAUAUGCCCAUUUUUUACAUUCAAUAUUUUUUACUACCUGCAAUCAGUACCUAUAUUGAAUUAGUACUAUAAGCACCACUUCCCACUACAUUAAUUUUAUAGUUGUGUUAGGAUUAUAUUUAGGUAAAUUAAAUAAUUGUAAAUAAUAUUCGAAGAAAUUGUAACAUUUUUAUAUUACAUAUUGAAAGAAUAAUUUAUUAUGGAAUAUGAUCGAAUUGUGCUUCAUAAUCCAUACUGGAAUUGUACUUUCUCACUGGUAAAAGCCAAAGCUAAAUGUAAUUGUUAAUUCACUCUAAUAGAUCAACAAUCAUAGCUCCUGUGAACCG